UGUAUUCUGCCGGCCUCUGAGUCUCGCGAGGUUUCACGGUGCGGGGCCUAUGCGGACCUCAGGCGCCGCACAGCCACGGCUUGAAGUUGGGAAUCCACCGUACAUUUACGGGUUGCGAGCGGCUGUACCGGCCUCGGCAGGUUAUGGGUGUCUGGUGUGCGGACUGAAGGAUCUGGUUGAGUGGAGAUCUUUAGUGUGGGAUGGCUACACGGCCAUACCCUUAUGAUAGUAAUUCUAGUGACCCAGAAAAUUGGGAUCGUCGAUCUCACAACAGACCUCGUAGACUCUAUAAGCACUCCAGCGCUCCUUCACGUGCACCAAAGUUUGGAGCAGCCCGAAUUAACAAAAUGAGCCUCCACGCAGCUAGUGGAUAUGAGCGGUCGCGGGAUAGGCGCAGAUCAAGCGAUCGAUCACGUGACUCAUCGCAUGAACGGACAGAAGGGCAGCUCACACCUUGUAUCAGGAAUGUUACUUCACCGACCAGACAGCAUCAUGGUGACAGAGAAAAAGAUCAUAUCUCUACUUCACGGCCCAGCAGCCCUCGUCUUCAGAAGGCUUCCCCAAAUGGCUCUGGUAUCAUUGGCAACCUCAGCCGGAAUUGCAGCCAGUCCAGUGUUGAUGGACCUUGUAAGUCAGGAGGAGAGAUGGUUUUUGUGUACGAAAGCCCAAAGGAAGGAACUCGAAGCGUGCGCACUUCAGAGCGAGUGACGCUCAUUGUCGACAACACCAGAUUCGUUGUGGAUCCAUCCAUCUUCACAGCACAACCGAACACAAUGCUGGGCAGGAUGUUUGGAUCGGGCAGAGAGCACAACUUCACACGUCCGAAUGAAAAGGGAGAGUACGACGUGGCAGAAGGAAUCAGUUCUACUGUGUUUCGAGCUAUUUUAGAUUAUUACAAGACGGGGAUCAUCCGCUGUCCAGAUGGGAUCUCAAUUCCUGAACUGAGGGAAGCCUGUGACUACCUCUGCAUCUCCUUUGACUACAGUACCAUCAAAUGCAGAGAUCUCAGUGCUCUAAUGCAUGAGCUUUCCAACGAUGGUGCGCGCAAGCAAUUUGAAUCUUACCUGGAAGAAAUGAUUCUCCCGCUGAUGGUGGCGAGUGCUCAGAGUGGCGACCGAGAAUGCCAUAUUGUAGUCUUAACGGAUGACGAUGUGGUCGACUGGGAUGAGGAGUAUCCACCACAGAUGGGAGAAGAAUACUCACAAAUUAUUUACAGUACCAAGUUAUACCGAUUCUUCAAAUAUAUUGAGAACCGAGAUGUAGCCAAGACUGUGCUGAAGGAACGAGGACUGAAGAAGAUCAGGCUGGGUAUUGAAGGUUACCCCACAUACAAGGAGAAGGUGAAAAAAAGACCUGGGGGCCGGCCCGAGGUCAUCUACAACUACGUGCAGCGUCCCUUCAUCAGGAUGUCCUGGGAGAAGGAGGAGGGUAAAAGCCGCCACGUUGACUUCCAGUGCGUGAAGAGCAAGUCCAUCACCAACCUGGCGGCGGCGGCAGCAGACAUCCCCCAGGACCAGCUGGUGGUCCUGCACCCCACACCGCAGGUGGACGAGCUGGACGUGCUGCCCAACCUGCCGGUCAAUGGCAACAACGAAGGCGAGCUGGAGCCGCCGCCCCCGCCCCCGGCCGUCUGAUGCCUCGCGAGGAGGAGGUGGGGAGCUGCCGGAAACCCCAGAGCAUGCCGUUGCCAAAUGACAUCCUCGUAUUGCAUUUAUCCGUGCGAGAGAAAGCGUGUGUCAACGUCGUACACUAACAUGAACUUUCGGCGUAACCAAGUUACAGCUUGUAUUUUCCAAACACCAAGGCCGAAAGCCGAUUGCUUUUGUUGCCAGGAAGAGGAGUGAGAGCGUGAUGUAUUUGUUUCUUCCAUUUUUAUUUUUAAAUGCACAAUGUUAUUUAGAAAAGGCUAUUGCAAUCUGGGUGCUAUGUACCGGGGGAAUGGCUUUGAUCUGUAAUAUUUCUUUUGUGUUUGAAAAACCACGUGUUCUGUGAAAUGCAUUAAAUUUCUGCAGAUACAGCAUGGGGCAAAGUGAUCUCUAGACUCUGUGCACCAAAUUUGCCCUGGUGGUUUGAAGCAUUUGUUCUUCGGGCAUAGUUAUUCCUUGGGGAUGGUGGGUUAUAGAGCCGAUAUUUCUAAGUAUUGCUGUGUGCAGAGAGGAGUGCUGCUCCAUGAAGUUUAGUUUCCUGAAAUAUAUGUACAUGUUGCAGGAGUGUUCUUUGCAUUUCUAACAGCUGAGGAAUGAUUAUAUAAAUAAACAUCUCAAGCAUUUCUCUUGUUCGGUGAAGUUUUCUUACAACCUAAUUCAAAAGUGUCAAACUGACUCUACAAUAUUUCUCCAUGUGACAAGAUCUCAAUCCCAGUACCACUGGAGGAUAAAUAUGGGUUCAGAACACGGGGGUGUAUUUAUCACCACUGUAAAAAAAAAUAACUUAAGUGUGCAGGAGGGUACUGACGGUGAGCAGUCCAAAAUAUUGCACCUCUGGCACCUGCUCCCUCAAAAUUUGCUGUUCUCAUGAGUGAGACUUGAACCUCAAAAGAAGUUUUUUUGAAGGAAAAGGGUGCCACAGUAGUGUAGUGGUUGGCACGACACUAUUACAGCUCAGGGCGUGGGAGUUUGGAGUUCAAUUCGGUGUCCUCUGUAAGUCUGUGUGUUCUUCCCAUGAGUGCGUGGGUGUCCUCUGGGUGCUCCGGUUUCCUCCCAUAUUUCAAAGACAUACCAGUUAGUAGAUUAAUUGAUCGUUGUAACUUGUUCAGUUAAGGCUAGGGUUAAAUUGGGGGUUGCUGGGCUGGGUUGGUGCUGCCCUCCGGUGUUCAGCCAGUGGAAGACAAGCUGGAUUGUGUUCAUCUGCACUGAGUGAUGCGAGGGUCUGUUCUUGCAGAAACGUGGCUUCGGGACGACAUCCACGCACCGUCAAUCUACAGGCCAUGACAUCCAAGGACUUGGGCUAUAUUGCUUAAAAAAAUGUUUUUGUAACUAUGUUUUUUUGCUGCUGUUAUUCUAUGUGCUAUGUGUGAUUAUCGUUUUACACCUUGGCCCCAGAGGAACA